AUGGACAUUAUAGAACCUUCAGGCUACAGAGAUUUCGUGUGGGCAGUUGAAAUACAUCGCUUAGGUUUGGAAAUAAUGGGCUUAUGGCCUAAAAAUGACAAAUCCGAUACAAAUAAUUUAUGGCCGAAACUACGUGUAGGCAUUAUUUUAAUUCUCUUAAUAUCUGUUACCAAUGUACCAAUGAUACAUGCGGUUAUGCAAGUUUGGGGCAACAUGGUAAUGGUAGUAAACAAUUUACGUAUUGCAUUACCUAUGCUAAUAUCAUCAAUGAAAUACGUUAUUAUGCUAUGGAAACAAAGAGUUCUCUUGUCGAUUAUAAAUAUGAUGGCGGAAGAUUGGACGGCUUUCAAAUCGAAUACAGAGAGAGACGUGAUGAUAAAACAGGCACAAACUGCACGAUUCAUCAUGAUCAUUGGAUAUGUUGUAGCGAUAACAGCAAGUCUAACAGUGAUCAUACCCUGCUUUUUUGGCAUACAAGUAAUAUCACAAACAAAUCUCACGGAUCAACACAAAUUGUUACCAUUGGCAGCAUAUCGUUUCUAUGAUACGAAUAAGAGUCCGCAGUAUGAAUUGACAUUUUGCAUUCAUGCCAUAGCAAUCUUAGUUUCAACUACUAUUUAUAUGUCUGUAGAUAUUUUUUUAGUACUAAUGGCUCUUCACAUUUGUGGACAGUUAGAAAACUUUAGAUGUCGAUUAUUUAACUUGAUAUCACGCAAGAAUUUCAACAAAAUAUUAAAUAACAUCGUUGCGUCACAUUUACGUAUGAUCAGAUUUACCGAUAACAUCGAAAAUACAUAUUCUUUAAUGAUGUUAAUAAUGGUACUUCACUUUGUUAUUGUAUUUUGCCUAACUGGGUUUCUAUUUACUGUUUUUCUAAUUGAAAAAGAAAUGAAUAAAGUUAUUAUGUCAAACAUCUACCUGUCGAUAAUGAUGCUUAUUGCCUUAUUGAUGAAUACUUUUAUGUACUGUGGUGCAGGGGAACUUAUAACGGAACAAUGCAAUGCAGUGUAUCGUGAAAUAUACAAUCUUGAAUGGUACAAAUUGGAAUCAAAAAAUGGGAGAAAUCUUAUUUUAUUAAUGAUACGAACACGUCAUCCUUUUUGCAUUACUGCAGGAAAAAUUAUUCCAUUAACAAUGGCUACUUUUUGCAGCGUAUUAAAAACAUCAUCUGGAUAUAUAUCGUUUUUAAUGGCGAAACGUAGUUGAAAAGCGAGGUGAUAUAUUAAUUUUUACCAAUAGAGAAAUAAAUGUAUACGCAAUUAAAUAAUUGCGAUCAUUGUAUAUAUUGCAAUGACAAUUGUUACAGUUGAAAUAAAUCUUUUUAUUAUUAUAUGCUA